CACCAAAGUGCACCCCUCCCCCAGCUAAAGGAAUAGUCUCCCCGCUCCAGCACUGAACCCCCCGACCCCAAGGUGCGAGGUGCGGCCUCGCUGCAUAUCCCCGGAGCAGUGGGCAGCACAAUGAUCCCCCUGCCCUUCUGAUCCAUGCACAGGGCGACCCACGCCCCGCAGCGGCCCUCCAGGCUUCCCUGCAACACCCCGUAAUGCAAUCCACGGGGGCGGGGGCGGCGGCGGCAGCGGUAGCUACGGCAGCGGCGGCAGCAACAACAGCACUGUCCCAAUCUAGCGACAACCAGAAAGAGGAAAAUGGCUCCGAGCAGGGACCGCCUGCUGCACUUUGGGUUCAAGGCGACAAUGUUCUCAAAUAGUGAUGAAGCUGUAAUCAAUAAAAAGCUUCCCAAAGAACUCCUGUUACGGAUAUUUUCUUUUCUGGAUGUUGUUACCUUGUGUCGCUGUGCUCAGGUCUCCAGGGCCUGGAAUGUUCUGGCUCUGGAUGGCAGUAACUGGCAGCGAAUUGACCUGUUCGAUUUCCAGAGGGAUAUUGAGGGCCGAGUAGUGGAGAAUAUUUCAAAAAGAUGUGGGGGCUUUUUACGAAAGUUAAGUCUUCGUGGGUGUCUUGGAGUAGGAGACAAUGCAUUAAGGACGUUUGCACAAAACUGUAGGAACAUUGAAGUACUAAAUUUAAAUGGGUGUACAAAGACUACAGACGCUACAUGUACUAGCCUUAGCAAGUUCUGUUCCAAACUCAGGCACCUUGACUUGGCUUCCUGUACAUCAAUAACAAACAUGUCUCUAAAAGCUCUGAGUGAGGGAUGUCCACUGUUGGAGCAAUUGAACAUUUCCUGGUGUGACCAAGUAACCAAGGAUGGCAUCCAAGCACUAGUGAGAGGCUGUGGGGGUCUCAAAGCCUUAUUCUUAAAAGGCUGCACACAGCUAGAAGAUGAAGCUCUCAAGUACAUAGGUGCACACUGUCCUGAGCUGGUGACUUUGAACUUGCAGACCUGCUUGCAAAUCACAGAUGAAGGUCUCAUUACUAUAUGUAGAGGGUGCCAUAAGUUACAGUCCCUCUGUGCCUCCGGCUGCUCCAACAUCACGGAUGCCAUCCUGAAUGCUCUGGGUCAGAACUGCCCACGGCUUAGAAUAUUAGAAGUGGCAAGGUGUUCUCAAUUAACGGAUGUAGGCUUUACCACUCUGGCCAGGAAUUGCCAUGAGCUUGAAAAGAUGGACCUGGAAGAGUGUGUUCAAAUAACAGAUAGCACCUUAAUCCAACUUUCUAUACACUGUCCUCGACUUCAAGUAUUGAGUCUGUCUCACUGUGAGCUGAUCACAGACGAUGGAAUUCGUCACCUGGGGAAUGGGGCCUGCGCUCAUGACCAGCUGGAAGUGAUUGAACUGGACAACUGCCCACUAAUCACAGACGCAUCCCUGGAGCACUUGAAGAGCUGUCACAGCCUUGAGCGGAUAGAACUCUAUGACUGCCAGCAAAUCUCACGGGCUGGAAUCAAGAGACUCAGGACCCAUUUACCCAAUAUUAAAGUCCACGCCUACUUCGCACCUGUCACUCCACCCCCAUCAGUCGGGGGCAGCAGACAGCGCUUCUGCAGAUGCUGCAUCAUCCUAUGACAGUGGAGGUGGCAGCCGUGGCGAACUGAGUAUUUAAUGACACUUCUAGAGUUACCGCGGAGUCUCCAGUGGAAGCGACCCAGUGUUUCUGGGCAAGGGUUACAACGUGAGGCAGCGUCCAGAUUCCCAGAGCCACACGUACAUAUACAUACCCAUCCACUCUAGCUCUGUGACGGGGGACUGAAGAUUGUGCUGGCUUUAUCAAGUGGAUUGAUAAAACUUAGCCAUUCCUGUUGGACGUUCCCAGAAGAAAAUCAUAGGCAAGGUAGGGGGAAGGGGUUGUUCCAGCAAACCCAGUGUUAACUGCUACUACGGUUUCUUUAUUUUAUUAAGGGGUUUAUUUGGUGAUAUUGGAACAGCAACUGCAGUCCUCCAGGGUCAAGGAAAGCAUAGAGAAAAACAAUAUACGUUGUAUCCAGGGACCAGAAAGAAAAUUUCUUUGCAUCCUAUAAAUGGUAGCCAUCCAUUGUGAGAUGACUAUACAGCUUCUGUGCUUCCUCGUUCCCAUGCCAACAUGCUGAGCAUGCUCACAAAGAAGGCUCCUCCAUUCCGCCUCCUGUUUAGUAUUUGGCCCAGUGGUUUCCUAAAUGGUCACAUUGAAAUUACUGUGGUCCAAAUGUGAUUACUUAUUCACUCAAAUUGUCACUGUCUGUAGCACACUGUGCACCUGUUGUCCUUUGUUGCUCCCUCCUGCAUUCUUGCCCAGUCUGUCACCUGUUCAUAGUCUGCUUACUCACACUCAAUUGUUACUCUCUUGCUGUUGUUGUGUUUACAGUUUGCAUUUUGGAUGAUUAGUUGGGGUUACCAAACAUUUUUAAAAGAGACAUUAUCAAUAAAUAUUUUUUUAAUUCUAAAUUUUACCAUUAGGGGCCCCUGCCUGAAUCUUUGCCAGUCUGAAGGGAAACAAUUAUAAAAGCAAGAAAAGUUAUGAGAAGAAAUUAAGCUAAAACUAUUUUGAUGAUAGUAAACUUUGCUUUUUGGUUUCUGUU